GUGAUUCAGUCCAGCGGAAAGCUCACCGAAGCAGGGGAAAGUGACAGACGACCAGCGAUGGCUGACACUGUAGGAGAAGAACCUGUGGCUGUGGCUCCAAUUGUGGAAAAUGUUACCGAGCUAGCAAAUAAUGGAACGGUCAAAAGUGCCGCGACGCCCGAAGGCAUUGCUCUUGCCUAUGGAAGUCUGGUGAUCAUGGCCCUUAUACCCAUAUUUUGUGGGGCAUUCAGAUCUGUGAAACAUCAACAACAACAGAAGGCAUCUGGUGAAAAGGUGGACACAAUGACUUCAAAAGAUGCAGCUAUGUUCCCUGUCAUAGCAUCGUGUGCUCUUUUUAGUCUAUACAUUGUUUUUACGAUUUUCUCAAAGGAUUAUAUCAACCUCCUGUUGUCCUCAUAUUUCUUCGUUUUGGGAGUUUUUGCACUCUCCCAUGUAUUUGGUCCUAUCAUCUCUGGCCUAGUACCUGCUUCAGUGCCAUUUGAAUCUUAUCAUCUUCACCUAAUGAAAGGAGACAAAGAGAAAAAAGAUUACAUCAUUAAUUAUGGCUUCACAUCAUAUGACCUUGUGUGUGUUCUUGUUUGUGCACUGCUGGGAGUUUGGUAUUUAUUGAAAAAACACUGGAUAGCCAAUAACCUUCUUGGUCUAGCCUUUGCCAUUAAUGGUGUGGAGCUGCUUCAUCUCAACAACAUCCAGACUGGGUCAUUGUUACUCGGUGGCCUUUUCGUCUAUGAUGUAUUUUGGGUCUUUGGCACCAACGUCAUGGUCACGGUAGCAAAAUCAUUUGAAGCUCCCAUUAAACUUGUUUUCCCUCAGGACCUUUUAGAGAAAGGUUUAGAGGCUGACAACUUUGCCAUGUUAGGCUUGGGGGAUAUUGUGAUACCAGGCAUUUUCAUUGCACUUCUUCUGCGCUUUGAUCACAGCUUGAAUAGGGGGUCAAAUACUUACUUCAAAGCAACAUUUGCAGCCUAUUUUGCUGGGCUGAUGAUGACCAUUUUUGUCAUGCAUGUCUUCAAACAUGCACAACCUGCAUUAUUGUACCUGGUCCCUGCCUGCCUUUCUGCACCCACCCUUUUGGCUCUCAUCAAAGGAGAUUUCAAAGCCCUAAUACAAUAUGAAGAUCAUCCAAGUGGAGAUGAUAAAACUGAAGAUGAAAAGGAGGAGGAUAAGAAAUCCGGAAAAAAAGAUGCUAAGAAAGAUAAAUGAGGUUUUCGGAAAUUAGGUGAAGAGCAUCAUGUGUGAUUUUGUUGAGUAAUAUUUGUACUGGCAUGCAAAGCUCAAGGUGUAACUUUGCAUUUACAAAAAGACCUUUUUCAUAUGUUACACAAUUCUAGUAGUCUUGUAGACCAACCUAAGUUUACAUCAUGAAUCCUAUGGUCGUCUGUGUAUGUGCUACACUGAAGGAUGUGUUACGGAAUUAUGCUCUCGGUAUACAUGAAAGGGAAGUAUUACCUAAGCAGCACAAGAGAGAGCAUUUGAUUCCUGUUUUUUUCUUUUUUCUAGUUCUAAAAUUAAAUUUUCAAGGAGGAUGAUUAAAUUUUUGUUGCGUGCUGUAGUUUCCAGUCAUGAAAUUUUUUUUUCAUAUCAAAGUUUAUGGGAUACAGUAAUUCAGGAUAGGCACCAAGCAGUGCCACAUUUAUUUUGUAAGCUUCGCUUUCAUCAAUGAAAGGAAUUGUUUUAUCAUUUGAAUAUUAUUUGCCUUUGUUGUAUUAGGAUUAUGAUUGUUCACCUAGAGUAAAUGGAGUGAUUAAAUUAGAUAUAUUUUUGUAUUGAGUUUGUAUGUAACCCCUGGAGAUCAAGUUUAGCAUCCCAAUUUAUACAUCUCUUGUAAUGAGAGGUUUUGUUCUCAAAUGUAGUAAUGUACUAUUCAUUAUUUGGUCUCAGUACAACAUUGUUGGUGAUGAAGAUUGUACCCUCCAAGUAAAAGUGCUAUUUUUUUAAAUGUGAUUAUUCAAAGCAGAAGUAAAUAAUUACAUAAACUUGAGUUGUAAAUUUAAGAGGACCCGGUCAAUAUUUAUAUUGUCCUGAAAGCCUUGGUGGUAACAGUAAUCUUGAUUCACCCAACUAUGAUUAUUUUAGGUUUUUGUAUUUCAAAUCAUUUUACCAUGUCAUAAUUUUUUUUUCAUUGAAAUUUGUAAUUAUAUACAUACACAUGCAGUAUAUAAACAUAAAAGCAACAUGCUUGUAAUUUAGUGUGAAUCUAGUAUAAAUUUUGUACACCCUCAACAAGAUGCAAACCAUUGGUGGUUGUAACAUACUUUGCAUAAUCACAGUGUUAAGGAACUUGACCAAGACAACCAAAAUAAUUCUGUAAAUAAUUUUACAGCACAACAUUGCAUAUGUAAUUGACAGAUUUUGGGAAAAUAUAUAUACUAUAUAUAUAAUGAUGGUGAUUUUAAGAGUUAUCUAGUUUAGAGUAUGCAUUUAUUAUAGCAAAAACAUAAAUUUUUGUACUUGGCUAUCACUACAUUACUUAAACGUACAGUUUAACCAUUGUAUAUUCAUGCAUUUCACAUAAACUGUUAUCCAGUUGUGCAGAAUGUGGUACAAAAUUUGCAAACUUAUUUUAGACGUUUGUCCCAACAUAAAUUUCAGUAAUGGCAAGUCAUUUGUGUGUGCUUUGAAAAAAUUUUUGCAAACUUAUUUUAGACGCUUGUCCCAACAUAAAUUUCAGUAAUGCCAAGUCAUUUGUGUGUGCUUUGAAAAAAUUUUGUCAGCAUUUAUCUUGCGACUUACCCAGUUAAUGUUUCUAAUUAAAAUCUCAUGUAUUUGCUUAUGAAACCCUUUUGAUUAUGUUCCCUGUGGCCAGUCUUAAUUACUCAAGUUAUUUAAUAAUGAUUUAUAAUAAAAGAUAAUUGUAUUAACACCACCUACAAAUACAAUAAUGAAAUUGUUAAAUGGAGAUCUGCUUUUUAAGUCUAAUGAAGUCUAGACUGUGCAUAUUCAUAAGCACAUAUAAAUAAUACAAAAAGUUAAGGAAGGGAACAAACUCCUUAUCAAAUCAAAUAUGGUACAAUCAUAUUUGAAUAUACAUGUAUGUAGUGGUGUAGGUGACAACAAACCACCUAAUGUAGUUGUAAAUCAUCCAUUAAAUGAACUUCUGACCUUUAGGCAAUGUACCUAACAAAUUUGAACCAUCAUGUUAUUUGUUGAAAGUCGUAAAUGAAUGUGAAAUUGAAGGUCUUGGUCUUCCCUGUGGUUUUUAUAUUGAAGCUGUAAGACUAUUUGGUCAGGUAAAAAUGUUAUGAUGGACUUACGGUGAGUUAGUCCUUGUUUGUUUUUAAUGUAUAUUUACACAAUGCUGUAUAUAUAUAUAGUACUACAUGGUGAAGCAGGUGACCUCUUGAUGUAAGUUCAUCAUUAGCUCUGUUUUUGUCCUUGUGGGGUGCGGGCUAUUGCUAGAUUAUAUAUGUAUGGUAUAUAUAAUUGCAGAAUACUUAAGUAUGCCUAAAUACUGUUUGUGUGUGUGUAUAAAUAUUGUUCUGUAUCAAGGUGUACAGGUUUAUUAGUCGGUAGAAUUUGUUUUUCAGUGUUACCAUUUUUUGGAAGCUUGAGUGUAAUUUGAUUGGAGAUACACGUUCCGUUAACAUUAAAGGGUGAUAUAAGAAUGGCAAGAAAUAGGAUCAUCUUUUUGGUUCAUUAAGGAAUGGACAAAAAUCUUUCAUGUGUGAAAGAUAGCAUUUUAUCUGCUACUUAUGGUCUGACUUAGUUGAAUAAUGGGAGUUAAGCUACAAACAAAGUUGCCAUUCAGUUAAACGUGUGUUGUAUAUUGUCAUUUUUAUCAGCCAGUAAGGUAGAUUGUCGAAGUUUUGGUUAGAAUUCAUUGUUAAUUUGAAAAAAUCCUAUUAUGCUGUUACAGCAUAAGUGUUCUUCAAGGGCUGUAUAAUUGAAAUCUCAUUUUUUGGCCAUUACCAGUUUAAUGAUCUUAGGGAAGCAUGUAAAGUAAGUUGACGUCAGAAGUACCACUUGUUAUAUGACCAUUGAUGUAUUUAACUUGUCACUUGUUCUCUAACUGUAAACACCUGUGAACUUAAAGUUGUUUCUUAAUUAUUUUACAAGUUGGUUGCUUAUGUCUUAUAUUCAUUUUUAAUAAAUUUUGUUUUUCCCCUUUAGAAUAAGGUGGAGGUUUGAGUGUGUUUAGUUUUAAGAUGAAUGUUUCAGAGGAAGAUGUGUUUCAUCGUUUCAUCAUGAUUCUGAGCUUUCAUUGUAAGAUGAAAUACAAACACCAUAUGUAAA